CCAGCGCUCGCCCAGCCGCCGGAGCGCCCGGAGGGACGGGAGGCAGCCGCGCGGCCCGGAGCUGGGCAGGGUCCCCAGCCGCCAUGGAUAGCGACGAGGAGAUGGUGGAGGAGGCGGUGGAAGGGCAGCUGGACGACGACGGGCUGCCGCACGGGCUCUGCACGGUCACCUACUCCUCCACCGACAGGUUCGAGGGGAGCUUCGUUCACGGAGAGAAGAACGGACGCGGGAAGUUCUUCUUCUUCGACGGCAGCACCCUGGAGGGCUACUACGUGGACGACGCCCUGCAGGGCCAGGGCGUCUACACCUACGAGGACGGGGGCGUCCUGCAGGGCACCUACGUGGACGGAGAGCUCAACGGGCCUGCGCAGGAGUACGACACGGACGGGAGACUGAUCUUCAAGGGGCAAUACAAGGAUAACAUUCGGCAUGGAGUGUGCUGGAUCUACUACCCAGACGGAGGCAGCCUUGUGGGAGAAGUCAACGAGGACGGGGAGAUGACCGGCGAGAAGAUCGCCUACGUGUACCCGGACCAGAGGACCGCCCUCUACGGCAAGUUCAUCGACGGAGAGAUGAUAGAAGGGAAACUGGCCACGCUGACGUCCACGGAGGAGGGCCGGCCUCACUUCGAGCUGCUGCCUGGAAGUGCCGUGUUCCACUUCGACAAGUCGACUUCGUCUUGCAUUUCCACUGACGCCCUCCUUCCAGACCCGUAUGAAUCAGAGAGGGUUUAUGUUGCCGAAUCUCUCAUUUCAAGUGCCGGGGAAGGACUGUUUUCAAAGGUCGCCGUGGGACCUAACACUGUUAUGUCUUUUUAUAAUGGAGUCCGGAUUACACACCAAGAGGUUGACAGCAGGGACUGGGCCCUGAAUGGGAACACCCUCUCCCUCGACGAGGAGACGGUCAUAGAUGUGCCCGAGCCCUACCACCGCGUGUCCAAGUACUGUGCCUCCUUGGGACACAAGGCGAACCACUCCUUCACUCCGAACUGUCUCUACGACGUGUUUGUCCACCCCCGUUUCGGGUCCAUCAAGUGCAUCCGCACACUCCGAGCUGUGGAGGCCGACGAGGAGCUCACCGUGGCCUAUGGCUAUGACCACAGCCCCCCGGGGAAGAGCGGGCCGGAAGCCCCCGAGUGGUACCAGGUGGAGCUGAAGGCCUUCCAGGCCGCCCAGCAGAAGUGAGGGGCCCAGCUCUGGGCUUCGGAGACCUGGAACAGAAACUCGGAUCUAUGCACUACGUUUAUCCAACGACGGGACAACCAGGGACUGCUCGUGCUGCGACAUCACCUCCUCUCACUCCGCGUCCGAGACCCUCUCGCACUCUAACUAGGUUUGAUUCUAUCGCUCAUACCAGACUUAAAAUUAGCUAGCCUUGCAGCAGCGCCCUGCAGAGAGGGACGGCCGAGCACUUGACACAGCAUGAUGUUCUUGGGUGGUUCAAGUCCAAGUCUGGACCCCGCUCAGAGAUGCCAAAUGAUCAGACUGUCAAAGGGAAAGGGGGUUUUUCAGUCAUUUCUAGUCCGUGGUUUUUCCAUGAUGUUUUUUCCUAUGGCCAAUGCAAAGUGUAUUGUCAGCACACCUGCAGGCGGGCCUUAGGGAGGAUAGAGAAUUACUACAUUUCUAUUCUCUAAAUGUAGUAUAAUUUGCCUUUUAACCUUUGAUCUGUAUCUUGCAAUAGAAUGGCUUUGUUUCUUUUCCCUAGCGAACAGAAGCCCACUUUUUGACUCAUUUCACCCCUCAGUCCUGUUCUCUCUCUUAGACACUUUUUACAAGAGAAAACUUCCCAAUGGAGUUUGUGUCAGCGCCAGUCUGUAGGUCUCUCUGGCUCUUUCUGUAUCACUGUUUUAUUAUCACGUCCUAAUACCAAGGCCUGGCUCCUAGAGCCAGGGCAUUAUUAUAGCAUUAUUAUUCUCGCAUGCAAACCAAGAUAUCUUUGCGUUACGAUGUGAGAAGAAAGAGUUUCCUUUGUUUGCAUUAAGUUAUGGAAGAGUUGUAAUAUAUAUUUUAAGAAAGAAAAGAGGGAAAUUAGUAUUUCUAAGCAGUAACUGUGGCAACUUUGCAAUAUCUUCAGUAGUGCUAGGAACCCUUUUCUUUGUGCACACACAUCAAAUGUACAUAACACACAGCAGCCUGGCUUGUGGCGCAGUGCAUCGAAAUCGAAGGUCAAAGAGCAAACUGGAAUUCUCACACAGAAUUCACAAGUUGUGUUUUUUUUUAAUCACUACUAUUAUGAGAGACAUCCUGAUCACUAGGUAAAGUCAAACCCGAACGCUAAGACUCUUCCUCCGUGUAAUUCCCAAGUACUUACCCGCUUCAGAGCAUUGUGACUUAACAAUAACACCUGUAUAGUUUAAAAGCAACGAUAUCAAUAGCAUUUCAGCCUUUUUCCAAGCCAUGUGUAAUCACAGCUGCAGAAAUAAGGAGGAAAAUCCCUGUUUUUAGUUUAGCUAAUUAGGGAUGUAACAUACCUGGGAUUGCUCUGAAUGAAUUCCGAGAGUUUGGGGGUUUUGAAAGCGCCCUCACCACAUGCCACACCUGUGUCUGCCCCAGAUGCCGUGGGGAGGCAGCUGGGAGGUCUAGCAAGCAGCGGCCACGCUGACCUGCAGGUGUCAGCGGUGGCACCUGUCACCUGAGCCAGUUUGGUCCUGAAAGCUAAAUCCUUCCAAGCUGUGGCCCGUGAAGAACUCUGGCUGAGCAGAGAAGGCUUUCUGGGAGGGGGAUGAGUUAAGAAAAGGGCAGGUGGACGUUUGAUAGUUCUUAGCAGUUUCCCAUUGCUCUUAGGAGUACUUGGCAUGGGGCUGCUCACAGCCUGCAGUCCGGGCAGCCCCUGCGCACAGGUUUCAGCCCUCCAGAAGGUGGCAGAAGCCGCUCUUCCCCUUUUUUGCAAGGCCCAGCUUGCGGGAGGUCCCCUCCCCAGCAGGGCCAGAGCAGCGAGGUGGCCUGGUUCCAGGGAGAAGAGCUGAAGGUUCACGUAUGAGAGGUUGUCGGGGCCGCCGGAAAGAUCUCCCACAAAGGACCAGGGAGUUUUUAGAUGAAAAGCCACCAGGAUAGGAUCGCUUCUAUUCUGCAGAAAGAGACCGUUCGGGAAACUGUGACUGAUGGGCAGUCUUGGGGCGUGUAUUCUGAUUGGUGCUUUGAGUCAAUGGGUCCCCAGGUGAGAGACUGUUGGCGAGAGAAAGAUGAUUUUGAUGAAGCCCCGUGGGCUGAGCAGCGGAGUCAGGUCUGGGAGGGAGGCCAGGGCCUGGACAGCUAGGUCACACCGCUGGUGCAGCCACGCUCUGAAGGUUUCAUUUCUGAGGCCCGUCUUGCUCUGGCUGAGACUGUAGUGGGUAUCAUUUCUGUCCUAAUGGGUUAUUCUAAUUAUCCUGUUCAGAUGGAAUCUAUCUUUCUUUCUUCUUUUUCCUUUCUUUUUCUUUUUUUGAUAAAAGGGAUCGAAGAGUUGUAAGUAGUAAUUAACCAACUAAUCCAUUGCAUGUUGGAUAACUCUCCGAGUUUAAAGUCCAGCAGUGUGUUGGCCUUCAGACAAAUCAGAGGACACACACACCUGAGCGGGGCCUCUCUCUCUCUCCCCCUCCACCUCCCUCCCCUCCGCCAGGUGUCUUCGGGCUCUUCCUCCUCCUGUGCUCUGCUCCCCCUCUCCUGUCUGUAACAAGGUGUGACCUGGGUGUCUGGGUAGCAACACCCAGCUGGGCUCGUCCUCCCUGUUCCUCCCUCUCCCCCGUGUCCUGAGGUCCUCCCUUGCUGGUCCCUCCAGCUCUGAGAGCCCCCGCCCUCCCCCACCCCCACCCCGGGGCCCUCUCUCCGUCUGCCUUUCUGGCUGUGUAGCCCUCUUUCCACUUCCUCUGUGUCACGUCUGGCUCGGUGGCUCCUGCUCUCCCCUGCCACACACACACACACUCACUCACUCACACUCACUCACAAAUGUAAGGCUUUGUCAGGGGGUAGAAUCAGAGGGGGACUUGAGAUUCACCAACCGGAGAGGUAGGGGAAGAAGUUGAGGGGGUGGACAUCCCCUAAGGAGUAGCUGGUGAGUGAAUACGGGAUUGCUCCUGUUUGAGCCAAAGUCGAAGGGAAGGCCUCAGGAUGUGCUUCUCUGCCAACUCUCUGCAUCACUGUGGAUCACAGCAAAAACGUGGAGGAUAUUCCAUGUGGUGGGGAAUAAAGAAACCACUUUUGCCCUCCCCAAAACCGGUGGGCGCCUGGGGGUGCACAGGACGGAUGCCACAGGUCUCGAGGACACUCACUCAGAGCGGUCUCAGCCCAACUCCUGCAUGACCAGGCCUAUAUCCUUAGCAGCUUUUCUGUGAUGAAAUAGUCUCUUGUGUUAGGAAUAGGAACUGAUCCGUAAGAGUUAUGUCCCCAAAUGGACCUUGGGACGGACUAACAAAAACGAUUGCAGGAGCUGAAUUUCCGAUGCAAAGGAAAGAUGACAUUAAACAGCAACAGGCGAGGAACACUUGAGUUUUACAGGACCUAUUCUUAUUUUAACCCGCUUCCUCCCCGGUCUACCUGAGCAACUAAGAAGGAAAUUCAUUUUUCAAGACCUCUUGGAACCUGCCUGGGCCCUGGUUAAGCUUACUGUGCCCCAGGAGGUCCCUCACACUUGAAAAAGUACUUCCUUAUCACCAAGAAUCUGAAAAGGCCAAGGUGGAGGCCAAGGGUAACCGCUGACCACAUUCAAUUGUAACUCAGAAUCGCAGUAACUGUGAACAGUGAACUCCAAGGUCGUCUUCUCCGUGACACAGUAUGUGGCACUUCAGUGACUUGCCUUUCAUAUAAAAAAUUUUUUAGUCACUCCACUGCAAAAUGCAUUUAAGAUCCUCCAGGAAGGAAUAGUUUCCUGUUUUGCUUUGUUUUGAAAACAGUUGCCUCAAGUUUCUGUCUUAAAAGAGUAGUUAGUGAUCUAGAAUCCAGACAUCUCUUGUUUUAGGAAAACAAGCAAAACUACAUUGCAAGGCUGAUCGUCGUGAUGCGUACUCGCCGCAGAUCAAAGGUUCGCAAAGUCUAUUAAACCCACAUCUGCUUGAGGUCCCCAGACAGACUGGUGUUUUUCCUUUGACCCUUCCCUUCAGGAACUGGAGCCUCGGCGUCACUUUUUUAUUUAAAAAAAAAAUUCUAAAUUGUACUGGUUUUCUUUUCACCAAAUGUGUGCAUACAUAUUCAAAGCAAUGAAACAAUUUCAAGCCAUACAACCACAGAGGUGGGAACCCUUUUCACAAAUUUUAAUGUGUUUGUAUGUAAAUAGAUGUUUGUAUGAAAUAUUUUCAUGGUAGAAUGACUAUAUUUAAAUGAAGUUGAAUUAUUCCAGUGCUGUUUAAACAAAAAUGACACAAUUUUUGGUGAGCAUUACCUGAGUCUAUUGAGAUAAUAAUGCAGAUCAAUUUUGAUUUUUACAAAUCGAAAGCCUACAGAUAACUCUGACCCCAGGCAACUUCCCCGUGUGUGGUUGCGCGUGGGGCCGAGAGGGCUCGUAGGUUUCCCCAGUGCCUCAGCCGCUUCCUGGUGUAAGUUAGGUGCUCGUGGAGGUGUGUCCACCUUUUAGCGACAUCACUCGGGGCCUUGGGGGCCUGCGAGUGGGUUCAAGGCAUUAGAGACACUGGUGCAUUUAUCCAGAGCACAAUUUCUUUGCAGGGCAGCAGAAUCAGAAGCCAGGCGCGGCCACGUGAACCUCAGAACCGGGUUUUCUGGCCGCCAUCAACCGCCACCCUUACUGCCUAGUCCCACGUGUCGGGGAGGCUGCCCUCAGUGGAGUUGGGGCUCCGACCCCGGGGUGGCACUUCACGGUUUUGCCAGCAGCCCCCGCUUCCUGACCUCCACCUCGCAGAGAGGGAGGAGGGGGGCGCAGCUGGCAAGGGGCCCGGUUCCCAGCACAGCGCGUUUCCUGUCUCAGCUCUGGGAGGCUAUGCACGAAGGCACCGAACUUCCGACCAGAGAGAGACGCCCUCGGGUAACGUCGGCCCCUGCUUCCUCCGCCUGUGACUUCAGUCCCCAGACCAACCACAUCCCUAGGACAUACCUCCCAAGUCUCCCGGCUCUUAGGUUACUAAAAUAUUCCUUUAUGAUGAUUUUCAGCCUGAAUGGGGGUUUUCUUUUUUCAGCUUUGGUCCUGGAUAUAAUGAGAUGAUCACUUUUAUGACAAAUUUCACUGUGUAUACUAGCAAUAUGUACACACCUGCCAAUGUAUCUUAACGUAUUGACUUGGUUACAUUUUGGGUUACUCUAAUUCAUCUUGAUUCAUGUAUUGGGAAACACAGGGACUACGUAAUGCCUGCUUAUCACAGUAGAAAUUCAGUUCAUGGUUCUGACCUCCCUACUUCAACAGCUUCUCCCUCCUGGGUUUUCUACAUUCUCUUUUUAUUGUGAAAUGCAUUACUGGGUUGUGAGGUAUGUUGAUGGAUCGGAAGCCAGGGGUACGCUUUCAGCAUUUAUUGCAACCAAAAGUUAACCCCAGCACAGUUAAUGAGCAUCUUUGACUGGUCUUCUGUGGAAUUUGAACUAAAUCUAUGAGCCUUAUUCAAUAUCUAUAAUUCUAUGAUUUUUUUUAAAUUAUGGGAAAUUAAUGAAAGAUGUUUACAUGAAUAACGUUUGCCCUUACUGUGUUAUGAAUGAGUUUUUUGUAGUGUGUCUGGGUGCAUGUGCAAGAGAGUAGGAAAAAUGUUUCUGAAACAAAACUUGACAAAUAUUUGUAAUGAAAAGUAAAUUUAAAGAUUGCUAUAAUUGCGCUAUAGAAACAAUGCAAGUAUUAAACAAAAUAUACAAUCA